UAAAACCUGUUAUGUUUUGGAUAUAUGGCGGGGGUUUUAGAGGGGGCUCUAUAUUCUCGGACAUGUAUAACGGCAAGUCGUUGGCCUCCUAUGAUGUCGUGUAUGUGGCCGUGGAUUACAGGUUGGGUUCGUUGGGCUUCCUAUACGGUGGCGAUGAUGAGGAGACCCCCGGUAAUCUGGGACUUUUGGAUCAACUCGAGGGGUUAAAAUGGGUGCGAGAAAACAUUCAUCUGUUCGGUGGAGAUAAGGAUAAGAUAACGAUAUUCGGUGAGAGCGCCGGUAGUAUCUCAGUGUCGGCUCUUGUAUUAUCUCCACUGGCGAAAGGGCUGUUCGCGAGGGCUAUACUAGAGUCUGGCGCUCAGCUCCACAACCGGAAGGAAACUCAUACCAAAGCCCAGGCAUUAGCGGAGGCCAAGGAAAUGGGCAAACAUUUCAAGUGUACGGACGAUAAGACGUGGUUAGAGUGCCUGCGAAAGGUUGACGCGAAUGAGAUCCACGCAUACACUCAGCUAACUGUGGGUCCCCUCGUGGGCACCGCCUAUAUGCCACUCACGGCACAGGAGGCGUUCAAAGAUGGAAAGUAUAAUACA